CAGUCGGGACAGCAGUCGGGAUUUGGCAUCCGAGAGGGCGGCUGCUUUAGGCUCUGGGUCAGUGCCGGCGUCCCCCGGCCGGACCUGCGCCCGGGCCUGGCGCUGCUUCCCCACGGUCGUAAUCUCGUGUCUCUUCCGGGGUACGCGCAGACAGGUCUUACGUUGACAAUAAGUUUUUUUUCUGCUAAGGAAAAAAGCCCAAAUGGCCUCAGGUGCGGUAUCAAACGCCCUUCCUGCAGCAGGGACAAAUGAUGUAAGCCUGGAGGAACCAAAGAAGAUGACAAGGGAAGAUUGGAGGAAAAAGAAAGAAUUAGAAGAACAGAGAAAACUAGGAAAUGCACCUGCUGAAGUGGAUGAAGAAGGAAAAGAUAUCAACCCUCAUAUUCCUCAGUACAUCUCUUCAGUACCAUGGUACAUAGAUCCUUCUAAAAGACCUACACUAAAGCAUCAGAGACCUCAGCCAGAGAAACAGAAACAGUAUAACUCCUCUGGAGAUUGGUACAAACGAGGAGUUCAGGAGCACGCUGUGGCCACAAGGUACCGCAAAGGAGCCUGUGAGAACUGCGGGGCACUGACACACAAAAAGAAAGACUGCAUGGAGAGACCCAGGAAAGUUGGAGCAAAAUAUACAGGCAUGAAUAUUGCCCCAGAUGAACAUGUGCAGCCUCAGCUGAUGUUUGAUUACGAUGGGAAGCGAGACCGGUGGAAUGGUUAUAACCCAGAGGAGCACAUGAAAAUUGUCGAGGAAUAUUCCAAGGUUGAUUUGGCCAAGCGUACACUGAAAGCCCAGAAGCUUCAGGAGGAGUUGGCAUCAGGGAAGCUGGAGCAAGUGAACUCCCCAAGACACCCGUGGGGAGAAGAGGAGUCAAAUUCACAGACAGAAAGAGAUCAUAACAGUGAAGAUGAAGAUGAAGACAAAUACGCAGAUGACAUUGAUAUGCCAGGGCAGAACUUCGACUCUAAAAGGCGCAUCACAGUCCGAAAUUUACGUAUUCGGGAAGAUAUUGCUAAAUACUUGAGGAAUCUAGAUCCAAACUCUGCUUACUAUGAUCCCAAAACAAGAGCAAUGAGGGAGAACCCUUAUGCCAACACAGGCAAAAAUCCAGAUGAAGUUGGCUAUGCAGGUGACAACUUCGUUCGCUACACAGGCGAUACCAUUUCAAUGGCACAGACUCAGUUGUUUGCCUGGGAGGCUUAUGACAAAGGCUCUGAAGUUCAUCUUCAAGCAGACCCUACAAAAUUAGAGCUCCUUUACAAAUCUUUCAAAGUGAAAAAAGAAGAUUUCAAGGCACAGCAGAAAGAAAGCAUCCUAGAGAAGUAUGGAGGACAAGAACAUUUAGAUGCCCCCCCAGCUGAACUGCUGUUAGCUCAAACAGAAGAUUAUGUAGAAUAUUCUAGGCAUGGAACAGUCAUCAAAGGACAGGAGAAAGCUAUUGCCUGUUCUAAGUAUGAAGAGGAUGUGAAGAUCAACAAUCAUACAUGCAUUUGGGGUUCAUACUGGAAAGAAGGCAAGUGGGGUUACAAGUGCUGUCACUCCUUUGUCAAGUACUCCUACUGUACAGGAGAAGCUGGGAAAGAAAUUGCUAAUACAGAGGCAAGUUUAAUGGAAGAGCAGCCUGAGGAGGAAGAACACAUGACAAAACCCAAAACACUGAUGGAGAUCCACCAAGAAAAACUGAAAGAGAAGAAAAAGAAGAAGCACAAGAAGAGCUCAAAUUCUGACAGUGAGGGUGAAGAGAAAAAGAAGCAAGAAAAACUAAAAAAGGCUCUAAAUGCUGAAGAGGCUCGACUUCUCCACAUCAAAGAAAUCAUGCAGUUAGAUGAGAGGAAGAGACCAUACAACAGCCAGUAUGAAGCCAGGGAGCCAACAGAAGAGGAGAUGGAGGCCUACAGAAUGAAACGGCAGAGACCUGAUGACCCCAUGGCCUCUUUCCUUGGGCAGUAGUCACAGGGGGCUGCUCAUGUAUUAUUCCAAUGCAUGAGGCUUUUCCCACAGUUGUGUACAGCUCUCUAGACACUUGAUUCCUUUGCACAUGUCUAAAAUGGCAGAAAUGGUAGAAACCUUUCUGUGCUCUGAAGAAACUUGUGAAAGCUUCUUUGAGCAGACAUGAGCAGUCUAGUACUUACUGGAGUUUUGUAAAUGUGUGUGUAUACAAAUACAGGAACAUAUAUGCACACACAUAUAUAUAAAAUACGUACACCUACUCUGUAAAUUCUUGAAGGAGAGAGAAGAGAUCUGACUGAAAUCCCAGGUUUAUUUGGCCAGCUAAUAAAUACAUGUAUUUGGCCAACCAUGCAUAAAGUUGUGAUACAGUAAAACUGACUAGUCAGAAGAAAUGGUCAGCAGGUGUCAACAUAGAACAAAACUUAUUGACAAACAUUGACACAACUACUACUAGAGCUUCUUGUAAAGCCUGUCUCAUGGCUUUUAAAGAAUACAUAGUUUCUUGAUCACUUUGCUGUAAAUACUUUGGAAAUGCAAAGAUUUGUUGUUUUGUUCUGGUUAAAUCAAUAUAAAGAUCUUAAGUGCUGUCUAGCCUUUUAAAUUAAAUGGUUAGGAGAAGCUGACUGUAGAGUUUUUAAAUUCCAAUUGUUUCUUAAGAUGUAUUUCCACAGAAUUUUCAACUGUAAAGAUCUGAGUUCUUGGGUUUCCUUUUGAUAACAGUAUCCUGUUACAGGGUGUGAUACCAAGUGUCACACUGUAAUCCUGUGUGGGAACAUGAAGUAGCAUAUGCUUUGGUUUGGCAAUAUUAGUCCUUAAGCUGGGAGUUUUCCCCUUCUAACUAAUUAAAAGUUGAAGAACUGGGUAAUAAACUGUACAGCAUGACUUUAGAGUUGGAAGGCUUGGACAUUACUUCUGUUGAGGUUUAAACUGUCUUUCCAAGGAAAAGUUGCUCUUUUCCACAAAUAAUUACAUACAGAAAACAUACCUGUAAGAGCUCUGUGUGUGAUUUCACAGACACUUUGAGGACUGAAUGUUUUGAUUUGGCACUUGUAGCUAAUGAUGGCAAUUCUGCACUGUUCUGCAAUGUAGUUCUGUAUUAAUAUGAUAUGUGAUAUUCUCAUCGGUGAUCAAAAUUUUUAGUAAAAAAACUUGAGUCAAAAUC